AAAAGCAAGCAUGAGAAGAGUGUCUUCCAUUUCUUUACUUGAUUGAGUAUUUCCAUCCUCAUCAAUCCGAUUUCUCUGCGGCCAACAUUAUUCCUUUUUCCGACACCACCACCACCAACUCCCCUAUAAGAGAAAUGACAGCUUGGGGUGCAGUUAUUUCUCUCAAGAAUACAAUUCUGCAUAUUCUGAAUUCUUCUUAUAUUUAUCUUGUUGAGCCCUCUCGAGAUAUCAUACAGCGCGCCUACAACGAGCUUGAGCCAUUGCAAGACAUCCUCAAAUGCCUUGACACCACAAGCGUCAGCAAGAGCAGGACGAAGGUGAACGCUUUGGAUAAACGAAUCAAAGAUACGAUAUGGAAAUUCGAAGACAAGCUGGAAUCUCUUGUCCGGGAGCAGAUUCUUUUCCAAUUUCCAGACCCUGAUCCACACCAACUAGAAUCAAUAAUUAACAUCCACAGAAGAAGAAGACGGAGGCGAAGACGAAGAAGAGGGUAUAAAGACAUAGAAAACUGGCUCAGAUCAAGAAGAAUGAUGAAUGAACAUCAUCAGCCUUCACAAUAUGAAAGAGAUGUCUUGUUAUUCCACAUUGAUUUGACGGAUAAGCUAGACGAUGCCGUUUCCUUCACCCAGAAAGUCAAAGAUAUGAAGGAGGAAUACAUUGAUGAAUUAGCCAACAUGUCUGAAGAGAAAGAAGAAGAAGAAGUAGAAGUAGAAGGAGAAUUAAUUUCCUCGAGAUUUGGUGUCCAUGGACCCAAGGCGAAGAUGAUUGGAUUAUCGGAUCAAUUCCAACAACUCAAAAGCAAAGUUAUUUGUGAUGGCAGGAAGCGUCUGCACGCGCUUGUUGGAAUGGCCGGGGUUGGGAAGACGGCUCUUGCUCGGGAAAUAUACGAAGAUCCCGAUGUCGUCACCCAUUUCGAGUGUCGUGUGUGGGUCUCAGUGGGAAGAAAAGUCCAACACAAUCAAGUUUCAAGAGGCAUUCUAGCUCAAAUGUGUGGAGCUACACAUGUUGAAGGAAGAUCGAAAACCAAGAUGAAACGGAGUUUGGAGGGAAAGAGAUGUCUCGUUGUGUUGGAUGAUGUAUGGGAGGAGCAGGUUUUAAAAUCCUUGAUAACUUCCAUACCAAGGGCCAAAGAUAAGUCAAUUUUAUUCUUGGUAACUGCUCGAGAUCUCAAGGCGAUUCCGGUGCUUAAUCCUUUGUUUCCACCGCCGUUAUCGAGUAAUUCUUUUAUGAAGGUGAGGUUUUUGAAUGAAGGAGAGAGCAAGGAGCUACUAUGCCACAAGGUGUUUGGUAAUGAUGAUUGCCCUAUUCAGCUUGACAAAGCCGCCACCAAAAUUGCUGAAAAAUGUGAAGGUCUUCCUCUUAUGGUAGUCACAGUGGCCGGCAUCCUGUCAAAAUCCAAGAAGAGAAAUCUAAACUACUGGUAUAAAGUAGCAGAAGAGAGAAAUUCAGUCUUCACAAAUGCAUAUAAAGAUAUAUCUAAGGUACUUUUCCCAAGUUACGACUACUUACCCCAGGAUCUUAAAAUGGCUUUUCUCUAUAUGGGUGUUUUCCCUCGUGAUUACAAGAUCCCCAUAUCAAAGAUCCUGGAUAUGUUUAUAGCAGGAGGGUACCACCUUGACAGAAGCGAGAUAAAUCACAAUUUUAUUUCUCUAUUGAAUCAUUGGUUGCUCGACCUUUGUAUGUAUAAGAAUCUCGUGUUAUUCAAGAAGAAGACCAUCAAUUGGAAUGAGAAGAAAAUGUGGCUUCCCCUUUUCAAAACUUGUUUCCUUCAUUCUUCAUGGCGGUACCUGUGUAGAGACGAAGCCGGGAAGAAUAAGUUUUAUCUUUCCUUAAAUAAGCUUGUUGAUGACCAAGAAGAAGGCGAAGAAGGCGUAGAAGGUGUAGAAGGUGUAGAAGGCGUAGAAGGCGAAGAAGGUGAAGAAGGUGUAGGCGUAGAAGGUGAAGAAGGUGAAGAAGGCGAAGAAGGUGUAGAAGGUCAGCGUGGUUUGUGUCUCGAAAAUAGAAACAGUUUAUUUGGCAACAAAGAUUUCUACAACUCAAUAGAGUUGAGCUGUGCAUCCUCUACACGCUUUCUCCUUUUCAAUGGUCCUUACCACCCGUAUCCGACCCCAAUAGAUGCCGGUUUCAAGUUGCUUAGGAAGCUAGAUGCUCUUAAACUCCGUUUCUACAUUUUCCCAGUAGAAAUUCUAGAGCUGGUCCAGCUAAAGUACCUUGCUCUAACUUGCAACGGAGAUCUCCCUACAUCCAUAUCCAAACUUUUCAACCUUCAAUUCUUGAUCAUCCAUCCCCAUAUGAACAUUCAAUGCCUUAAAACAGUAUCCUAUAUACCAAUACAAAUAUGGGACAUGCAAGAGUUAGUACAUAUUGAAAUCUUGGGAAAGGACCUCGUUGCUCCAUAUCACGUUGCUUCCUUGGAAAACCUCUCAACACUCAUAGGUGUGAAUGGCAACAUUUGCACUAUCAUCGAAGUCUUGAGAAAGGCUCCUCGUGCGAGGAAACUAGACGUCCGGAUUGAGCUAACGCCUUAUGAUGACCAAACCAAUCUUUUGAGCUUCUUUAGUUGGAUUUCAUCACACAAAUAUUUGGAGAUACUAAAAUGUAGUAUCAUAAAUCCUUGGGCUAAGUACCUCUAUCUUGCCCCGCCCGCAGCAUUUCCUAGUCCAUUGAUGCUUCCACACCUUCUGAGAAAGUUGCAUCUGAGUGGCAUGGGUUUUCCGUGGGAAUACAUGGAUGUCGUUGGCUCUUUGUCGGUGCUUGAAGUUCUAAAGUUGCGAUCGUAUGCCUUCAAGGGUUCAAAGUGGGAAGCGAAAAGGGGAAGCUUUUGGUAUCUUAAGUUUCUUAUGAUUGAAGACAGUGAUUUGGAGCAAUGGAAACCGAGUUUUGGAAGCUUCGGUAGCCUCACUUACCUAAGCAUGAAACAUUGCUACAAACUAAAAGAGUUGUCCUGGCCAUCGACUCGUGAAAAUGGCAAGAUUGAGUUAGUGAACUGCAAUCCUUUAGCCUUGGCUUGUGCCAAGCAAUUUCGACCGGAUCGAACCCACCUUGAAGUUGCUGCCACUUCUUCUUUUGACAAGAAAUCUGUUACUGACAACUUCCAGCUGAGGCCCCAGGUCAUUUCCAACGUGGUUUGACCGGUAAGAAAUACAACCAUAGGUGGAUACCCGCAUUUGACCGGCAAGCUCUUACCAAUACCAGAAGGGGCUGGCGGUGAAAGCUCUUGGCGAAGAUCUAUGUGUGUUGGUGUGUUUGAAGGUUCAUUAUAUGUAUGCUGAUAGAUAUUCACUCUGUUGAGUAUCAGCAUUUUAUGUAAUAAAUAAAUUGAAUCAGAUCAUUCGAUUUUAAUUGGUUACUUCAGUUUUCGAUUUUCAGUAGAUUUAUUUCUCUUUUGGAUGUUUA